AUGAUGAUCGACACAGGUGCAUCUGUUAACCUUUUAGAUGAAGCGACAUUUCAUCGCAUUGACUGUGGUAACAAACUCCUAGAGCAUGCUCACAGCAAGAUUUAUUCUUAUGGAUCUGAUACUCCCCUGCCACUGCUAGGAACACUUUCAACAACUAUCAAGUCCAGUAGUAAUAGUACUACCACCCAGUUACAUGUUGUGAAGGGAAACACAGGAGACCUCCUCAGCUACAACACUGCACAGAAGCUUGGAUUGAUUACAAUAUCUGUUAACACUACCACUGUCACAGAUGUGAACAAGGACAGCCCAGAGUCUCUACAAGAGGAAUUUGAAUGUUUAUGUGGAGGCAUAGGAAGACUACGAAACAAAAUAGUUAAGUUACAUGUUGACCCUGACAUCACACCCAGACAACAGCCACACCGCAGGAUUCCCUUUCAUGUGCGUGGAGACGUUGAAAAGGAGCUUGAAAGGUGAGAGAGAUUGACUAUCAUCGAAAGAUUUGAGGGCCCCACACCCUGGAUUAGCCCCAUAGUUGUCGUACCCAAGAAAUCCGGAGUGCGGAUCUGUGUUGACAUGCCAGAGGCGAAUAAAGCAGUCAAGAGACUCCAGAGUCAAGAGUCUCCAGAGACUCAAAGACAACAACCUUCGCCUCAACAAGGACAAAUGCGAGUUCUCUAAGAGUGAAAUCAGGUUCUAUGGCCAUUAGUUCCAGUGGCGUCAAGCCCGACCCCAAGAAAAUUGAAGCAAUACGCAAUGCAAGCCCAACGCAGAACGCCAGUAAUACCAAGUCCCUC